GUGUGUGUGUGCGCGCCCGGGCGCGCGUGUGCUCUGCUGUUGCUGCCCUUUGAUCCCUGCAUUAGUGUUAGUUAGGGGCUCGCAGACACACUUGCACCGAGAGCAGCCACAGUCAAGACACGGCAACAACAACAGCGGCGCCUCCUCCGCCGCCGCCGCCUGUGUUCGCGGUCCCCCCCAACAACACUCUUUAAAGCGAGCAGAGCCAGGUGCACGACCGAGCGCCUGCCAUCACUGGCGCCUCCGGUCUCAAUGGGAACAACCGUUUUUUCUUCUUAUCCCCAAACAAGGACGAGAAUGUGAUUAAAACCGGGGGAAAAUGCCAAGGAGGAAGCAGGAGCAACCCAAGCGCCUGCCUUCACAUGUGGACAGCAAUGAGGAAGGAGGGCCAGACGGCGAUGCUGUGGAGGACGAGGCCUGGUUUGGGAAUGCUUCUGACACACGCUCAGAGUCGUCGUCCUAUGGGGACACCCAGGAUGAGCUCCUCCUGCCCAGGGGCUCCUCUCCGGAUGAACAACAUGGGUCCGCGGACCACGAUACCUGUGGAGGUGAGCGCUCACUGGGUUGUCCCACACCUGUCCAUCGUGCCUCUUUGGAACUUCUUGGACUGGAUGGAGGUGCAUUCUCAGCCCAGGACACGCUCUCCUCUGUCGUAUCAUCACUGUAUGGCGAGGCAGCGUCUCGUGCCCUGGGAAAACCCCUCAGCAGUAAUCUACGACGCCUCCUAGAGGCUGGGUCGCUGAAACUUGACACUGGGGAGCUGCUGGGUCGGUCAUCCAGGGGAGGCGCUGGAGGGGAGUCUCCUCCAAUCGGUCUAGCCCCACCAUUGACCCUCUCGCCGUCUUCCCACCAUGCCCACCAGUUAAGUGCUCUUGCCCGAAAACUGGCCAAUAACAACAACAACAGCGGCUCAGCCUCACCAGCCUCCUUGGCACCCUCGGUCACCAACAUUAAGCAAGAGCCUCUUGAUCCCUUUAACUCUGUCACCCCUAGCAAUGGCAGUGGGUUUGUAUGGGCAGGUGUUGCAGAAAAGUGGCCGCCGGCCAGCUGCACCACGCCCUGCGGCUCCAGCCUGUCCCCGGACUCUGCAAUCCAGAAGUUAAAAGCGGCAGCUAAUGCUGUACUUCAAGACAAGAAUGCCGUGGCCGCCUCCUCAACAACUUCUUCCUCCUCCUCCACCUCGGCCUCAUCCGCAGCGCCCGCCCUCGGAGGGGGUGGUCGAGGAGACGAUGUGGUCCGCUUUGAUGCCUUCAACUCCCCGUUUAGCCCACAGUCGGCUAGCUCCACCCUCGCUGCACUCUCCAAGAAAGUCAGUGAGCGGAGCCAAGCCUCGUCGACAGCAAGCGCUGCUACCGACCACCAAGCCUCAGCAAGUUCCUUUCUUUCACUCGUGUCAAUGACAUCCUCCGCUGCCUUGCUCAAAGAGGUGGCAGCCAGGGCAGCAGGAAACCUGCUGGCAGAGAAGAAGGAGGGUUCCCCCUUGGCGACUGCCGGAGUCCUCCAAGAGGAUGUGAAGCCCCUGCUGGACAAGAACCAGAAGACCCCCACACCCUCUACACCCACCCAGAGCCUAGAGUUGCUGUUGCCCUCUACUCCAAAGGUCAGAGGCAAACCCAGCAGCCAAGCAGGCUCUCCUGAGGAUGGUGGCAAACCAUUUCAGUGUCCUGUGUGUGGACUGGUCAUCAAACGCAAGAGCUACUGGAAGAGACACAUGGUCAUUCAUACGGGCUUAAAAAGCCACCAGUGUCCUCUGUGUCCCUUCCGCUGUGCUCGCAAAGACAAUCUCAAGUCCCACAUGAAGGUACAUCAGCACCAGGACCGGGGUGAGACGUUUCAAUGUGAACUUUGCCCCUUCACCUCCUCCCGUCACUUCAGCCUGAAGCUUCACAUGCGCUGCCACCAGCACUUCCCCCGCACAGACGUCAAGGUGAAAGAGGAGCUCACCACCGACACGGAGGGCGAGGGCUCCCUGAUGGGUGACAGCGGCUCCGCGGACCUGAGAGGGUUGGACGUGUCCCCGCUGCACUCAGACACUCAGCAGCCGACAUCUUCGCCCGUCGAGGCUUCCUCCAAUCAUGUCCACAUCAAGGAGGAGCCGCAGGAGAGAGACCUGUCUGUGCUCUCCCCCUUUAGCAUCUGCAGGGAUCGUCCCAGCAGCAGCGCAAACUCCCUGGACCUACCCGGAGUUGGAGUGGGGGUCAGAUCCAGUCCCAGUGGUCCAACCACGGCCUCCCUCUUCAGCCCUGACAUCACAACCAAGACGGCUACUGACCUGCUUAUGAAGCUCUCAGCGGCCAACCAGAGGGAGACGCUGAAGUCCCCGUUCCAUCUGAAGGAAGAGCCCAAUGUAGAAGAAGUGCUGAGCCCCAGACCGUCCUCUCAGAGCCAUGUCCAGCCAGGCUUCCCUGCGUCUUUCUGCCAGGACGGACCAACUGCAGCAGCUGCAGAGCGCCCAGGGCCACUGAAGCCAAGGGAAGGAAGCCCCAUGUCUAAGAACAGCCUCCUGAGCCAGGAUAUCAACGUUAAGGUGGCCUCUGAGCUGCUGAUGAAGCUUUCAGAGAACAACAAAGAUGCCCAGUACCAGAAGGUGAAAGUGAAGGCAGAGCCCAUGGAGGUGGACCCGCCCCCCGCCGAACUCACCCCACCUGCCUCCCACCUGCUGGCCUUCAGCACUUUAGGGGCAAGUGAGAAGAGUGAGCCAAUGAGUAACCUCCCCGAGACGUUGGCCCGUCCCCAGAAAGAUCUCUUCUCCCAGGACAUAUCGGUCAAAAUGGCCUCCGAGCUACUGUUCAAAUUGUCAGAAAAAGUCAGCAAAGCUAACAACCACAAAGACAGUAACAUGGUGGGAAUAAACAGUCCGUUCCUGGAUGAGUGCUUCAGACAAUCACCCUUUAACUUGCGCUCCAAGAGCUCUUCCCCCGCAGAGGCCAGCUCCUCCACCAGGGCAGGAUUCCAUGACUCAGAAAAGGACGAUGGGGAGCCAGGGAACGGGAUCGCCCAGUGGAGACUAAAUGAACAGCUCUUUCCCUGUCCGGUCUGUGGCAAGGUGUUCGGUAGACAGCAGACUCUUUCUAGACAUCUGUCUCUACACACAGAGGAGAGGAAGUACAAGUGUCACCUGUGUCCUUACGCAGCCAAGUGCAGGGCUAACCUCAAUCAGCACCUGACCAUCCACUCCGUCAAGCUGGUCAACACGGACGCUGAGCAGAUAGUCAACGCUGUUACAGCCGACUCUGCCGAGCGCAAGAACUGCCCCUACUACUACAGCUGCCAUGUGUGUGGUUUCCAGACGGAGCUGAACGCCCAGUUCGUCAGCCACAUGUCGCUCCAUGUGGACAAGGAGCAGUGGAUGUUCUCUCUCUGCUGCAGCGUCUGCGACUACGUCUGCAUGGAGGAGAACGACAUGAAGAAUCACAUAAGUACUGGACACGCAGGUCUGAACUCAAGGAGUCCCCUCAGCGAGACCAAGAGCACCUCCUCGUCCCUCUCGGCCCUCAGCGAUUCACUCAACAGCUCGGAGGGAGGAGACCUCGCCCACGCUAACGAAGAACUCAAGAGCCUGCUCGCCCCGCCCUCCUCUGCAGGCAGCCAGUCCAGCUCCGGAAGCCACUCGGGAUCAGGAACUGAGGACAAGUCGGACAAAGGCUUCGAGUGUGUCUUCUGCAACUUUGUGUGCAAGACGCGCAGCAUGUACGAGCGCCACCUCCAGAUCCACCUCAUCACGCGGAUGUUUGAGUGCGACGUCUGCCACAAGUUCCUCAAGACGCCUGAGCAGCUGCUGGAGCACAAGAAGUGCCACACCGUCCCCUCCGGAGGGCUCAAGUGCCCUUUCUGCAUCUACUCCACCAAUCGUCCAGCGGCCAUGGAGUGCCACCUCAAGACGCACUGUAAGAUGGAGUACCGCUGCCGCAUCUGCCAGGGACUGUGGCCCGACCAGGCCUCAUUGGAGGCCCACAUGCGCGGGCACCGCCUGGGCAACCACUACAAGUGUGAGCAGUGUGGCUACUUGUCCAAGACGGCCAAUAAGCUGAUCGAGCAUGUGCGUGUGCACACUGGCGAGCGGCCCUUCCACUGCGACCGCUGCUCUUAUAGCUGCAAGCGCAAGGACAACCUGAACCUGCACAAGAGGCUGAAGCACGCGCCGCGCCAGACUUUCGGCUGCCGAGAGUGCCCUUUCACCACCACUCACCCUUUUGUCUUCAGCCGCCACCUCAAGAAACACCAGAGUGGAGGAGCGGGGGGACUGGACGAAGGCUUAGGAGGAGGAGGAGGAGAUGAGGAGGAGGAGGAAGAAGAUGAGGAGGAGGGCGGAGAGGAGGAGCUGCCUUUCGAGGGAACAUCGCCAGGGGGUUCGUCGCUGCGGAAGAGCGGGGAGAAGUUCCUGUUCGGCGGAGGAGGAGGAAGCAGUGGAGGGAGUGGGAGUAACAGCCCCCUCAUGAGUCUAACAGCAUCCCAGGCGCUCCAGUCAGUCGCCCUGUCGUUCACACUGGGCAAGUCCAACCAGUCGGACCCCAGGGGUCCUCUGCGCUGCUUGGUCGGCGCCAACGGCAACGACGCCACCAGAAACCCCAGCGGCGGUCCCUCCCUCUUCCUCCCCGCCCCCCGCCACGUGUUCGAGCAGUACAGCACCUGCGACCGGGCGCACCUGAUCCCCCUCACCACCCUGUUCACCCACAACAGCCGCUUCACAUUCCACUCGGACCUCCACUCCAGAUGGCGGCCCGCCACAUCUCCGCUCCUCUUCUCCUCCUCCAACUCAGCCCGCCACUCCCGCUCUUCCCCCUCACCCUCCUCCCACAAACACUCCUUCCUGGCCUACCUGGGACUGAUGGAGAGGGCCAAGACUGUUUGACCUCGUCCUCUCCUCACUCGUUCCCUCACUCCUCGGGACGGUGGUGCGAAUGACACUUGACCACUUGCAGUGGGGGCAACAUCUUUUCCAAUCAGACCAGCAGAAUAAGCUGGACAAACAUAUUGAAGAAAAGAAAGAAAAAAGAAAAAAACAUUUAUAAGAGAAAAAGGCUGUACAUGCUAAAAAUGCAUUUAUAUCAAAAAGCUGCUUUUCUUAUGAGUUCUAUCGAUUGAAUUAUUACUACUUCAACUACUACUCUCUAUUACCUUUUGUUUUCUGCUUUUAAAAGUCAGAAUGACCUGGACCCAGUUUCGUUACCUAAGGAAACUAACGUAUCUCAGUUUUAUAGAUAUUUUUCUUUAGUCGUUUGAUGAGAUAAAAAAGACGAAACAAAACUUGCAAGUGCUACAUUUUAGUGCAUUUUUGUCUAUUGCUAUUAUGCAUCGAAAGAGCAUGCCCGUUUUGUGUGUUUCAACUAGCUUUUUCGUCAUUAGGAAGCUAAAUUGGAGAUAUCCUGAAGUGUUAGCGGUGCGACAGAACCAAUGAAACGGCAUGCUUUUCAUUGAAAAAGGCACGUUUCCAAAGCAACGCCUCAAACCACGCACUUACCUUAUUUAUCAAUCUUGUACAUAGUUUUGUAGCCCCUCCCCUUCCCAUCUUUUUGAGUUCUGUUGGUCUUUUGUAUAAUGGUGAAACCAUAUUAUGCAUCGCUGCUGCCUGAUUUCACUUCUGUCUCAGAAUAAAUGUUAUUUAAAUGGGUUACUAGCUAAUUUAAAAUUUUGUGUGUAAGCUGCGUAGAACAGGAAAAUAAGCUGUGACAAUGUAAAUAUUCAAAUCAUGCGAAUUGAAUAUAUUCAAAAUGACCCGAACACGACGAGAAACAUACAUUCAAUUCUAACCGUUUUUUGAUUUGAAUAUAAAUGUAGAAUCACAAGCAAGAGAAAAUCCUCCAGACGACGGAUGUGUGGCCGACCAGACGGAAAAUAUUCAUUUGCUUCUGAGACCAAGUGGAGAUCAGCAGCAGUUUCACAUGCAGAACUAUGUGUCACGCACCUGUACGUAGAAGAGGUAUAUGAGAUAACUGUUUUCGUGGAGGUGACCAAGCUCUGGGUAGGCGAGCCUCCCCGCAGCCGGGGUCACCACAGGCCGAUUCAAUGGUGCUUUUUGGAGCUUUUUGUAAUUUUUGUGUACAAAAAAAAGAAGAAAAAAAACCUGUUCCAAAAUGACUUGAAUGAAUGUAUUUUUUGUUUUAUGUACAUGAAUAAGAGGCGAUGCAGAGGUGUGAACAGGCGUGUCUUCUGUGCUGGCAGAGGCGGGAACGUUUCGAGUGUUUGGUGGCCUUCUGUGUCUUUUUCUUUUGUUUUAUUAUUUUGUUUUGUUCAUUUUUUUUAAAAAAACUUUUUUUACUGAGCCUUUUACAUCAUAAUAAAAUGUUUUUCUACUAACAUUCAUAGAGCACCUAUCGGGAUAAAGAGCUCCUUCGGGUGCAAUGCUGAAGCGAAGCCCUUCACAUGUACAGCGUUGUGUUCAAUGGCACUGGCUUCAGUCAGAGUGGCUGACAUGGUACUGCUUCUUACCCUCCCUCCCUCCCUCCCGUCAACCUUUUGAGUUUUUAAUUGCACUUAAUGUAGUCACACUUCAAGCCAAAAGCACUUAAUCCUUUAUUUUCCUUCUUUUUUUUUUUUUAUAAAGUGCAAACUUAGAACCACCAUGUUACCGUAAUGUAAAGACAGUAGUUGCUGGAAAUGACUCAAUCAAACAUCCCUUAGUUUCACGCAGAGGCAUUUCUAGCCGUGCAGAAGCGUUCGCCUCCGUCCGGAGACGACCCCGAGGCUCAGCUGAGGAAAAAAGAGAAGGGGGGUGUGAAUCUGUGCGACCUCUGACUACAGAGAAUAAGGAUUGGAGCAUUUUUACGCAGCCGCAUUCCGCAAACUGAGUCCAAUUUAUCUUGAUUUAAAGGUACAUUUUAUGCUAUAUUGCGAGUGGCUGCAUUGGACAGUUUCACAGUUGUCCCCAUGGGCCGUUGAAUUCCAUUGUGCUUUUCACUCCAAAACCGGAAGAAAAGAGGUUAUUUAAAUCCUUAAUCUUUCCCUCAGCUGACCCCGGGGGGAUUGAGGCGCCGUAGCCUCCGUGGAACAUCGGAGAAAGUAAAUUAAUACAAAUUGCAUGAAUUAGACAGUAGAGGUUGAGAUCUCCCUGGGAAUUUAAAGUCCCAGGCUAAAUUGUGAUAGCCAAUUUUGCACAGUGCUGCACUUUGUGAUCAUGAGAAUAUGUAUUUAUCCAUAAAAUACUCGAAGAAAAAAAAGUAUGUUUUGUGAGAUGGGGCAGCAUAGUACAGGCGUUUUAUUUUUGAAAAAGCUUUACCCGUUAUCGAUCGUGCUUGUGUUCCUAAGUGGUCUUCAAGCCGAAAUCCCUUAUUUGUAAAGGGAUUGUUUUGUUCUUUUCUUUGUCGUUUCUAUUUGUCUAUUUUACUCAUGCAUUUUUCUUUGAAUCAUUGUUGCUUUUUGUAAUUAUUUUUCUACUUAAAUCAUGUCAGGAAAUUUCAAAAGAAAUGUUGAUUGGACAGGAAACAUGAAUUGUCAAGACCAAAAUGCAACUCGCCGCAGGAUGUGAUGUUAGGAUUGAAUCCGUCACGUCCUGCUCCGGAGCCAUGCCGCGAUUGUCUCCCUCGUUUUACACUGCUGUUUUGAUUGCUCCUGUUUUUCUUUUGCUCCGCCGACGCCUGGCACAGUGUCGUCUCCGGAGCGAGGGAAGCAUCCCCUCCAGCACACACGCGCUCCUUGUACUAUCUGUGUUAUCGUUUAUACUCUAGUGCCACUUGGUGGAUGGAAACCACCUGAGACUUCUGAGAAUGAGUCAAACUAAUUGUCAGGGUCCAAAAGAAGAAAGCUGAAGAGGAGAGACGAGAAAAAAAGAAUGUGUCCGCUCUCUUGACACCUUUCUAAAAAUGUCUGCCUUUUGAUAAACGUAAUCAUGAAUGGCCCCCCCCCCCCCCCCCCAGUUUGAGUGUUAUGUUUAAAAAAAUUGUUUCCACUUAUUGUUUAUUUUUUUGCCCAAUCGUAAGCAGCACAGUGACUUCUUUCUAAAAGCUCGACUACCUUUUCGGCACUUCAGAGUAUGCAUGACAUUGCCCCUCGCUCUAGUUCCUCAGCACUUGAUUGUGUUUUCAAACUAACUCCCUCAGUUGCAUUUAGUCAGCAUCGGCCUGCACUGUCCUACAAUCAGUUCGCUUUACGUUCGGCUGCAACUUUAUGAGUAGAAAAGGCUCAACUCUCUUAUCAUUUGGCACUUCGUUAAAGAUUGGUAUGUGCUGUAUAAAGCUUUUUUUUAUUACUCCAUUGUUAAGGCUGUACAGGGUUGUGACGAUAAACUGGUAAAUAGAUCAUUUGUACCUUUUUCUUUUUUUUUUGGUUUUGUAUCGUUUUUUGGUUGUUUUUUUUGGCAUUAUUUUAUGUUCAACUUGCCAGAUUCUAAAUGUAACAGGAUUUGAAAGUAAAGCUUACAUCAGAUAUUA